UGAAAGUCAUAGGUUUGGAUUAUUAGAUCUUGAUACUAGUGAUGAAAGUAGUGAAGAUAAAUUAAUAAAAAGUAACAAAGAAGAUAAAAAUAUAGAAUUAUCUAAAUCAGAAGCAGAGUUAACUGAAAAUAAUAUAGAUAGCGAAG